GAGGGCUGCAUGCGUGCAUGCGGCUACCAUCGUCGGACAUGGCGGCCACCGCUGACGUCGAUGUUGCGCGCGCACGUAAGCAUAGCGGGGGGCGUGGUCACGUCACGACAUCUUUCCCUCGCAGUUUUCUCAUAUAGCCCGAAAUAAAGCAAACGAAUGACUAAGAACUAGAGGUUCCGUGGACGUGCUGAGCCUCACGAAGAGGAGACCAACAAACCUUUGUGAACGCUCGGGCUGCUUCACGCUCAGCUGUCAGCGCAGUCGGGCGGCUCGGAAAGCAAAGACCACCUGAGGAUCGGCGGCGGCUACACGUUUUGCUCCACUACAGACUAACAAUGGAAGGACAGCAGGGCAAGCAGGUGACCGGCUACCUCCUGUUCUCGCUGACAACGGCCGUCAUCGGCUCGCUGCAGUUCGGCUUCAACACGGGCGUCAUCAACGCACCAGAGCAGAAACUGCGGGCGUUCUUCAAUGACACGUGGAUGGAGCGUUACAACAAGCCCAUCAGCGCCGACAUCUGCACGGUGGUGUGGAGCGUCACCGUGGCCAUCUUCAGCGUGGGUGGCAUGGCGGGAUCAUUCAGCGUGGGCGUCAUGGCCAACCGCUUUGGCAGGAAGCGCUCCAUGCUGCUGGUCAACGUCCUGGCGGUGAUCGGCGGGCUGCUGAUGGGCGCGUCCACCUUGUGCUCGUCCUAUGAGAUGGUGAUCGCUGGCCGGCUGGUCAUUGGCCUCUUCUGCGGGCUCUUCACGGGCCUGACGCCCAUGUACGUGGGCGAGGUGUCGCCCACGCAGCUCAGGGGCGCCUUUGGCACCCUGCACCAACUCGGCGUGGUGGUCGGCAUCCUCAUCGCUCAGAUUUUGGGCCUGGAGUCGCUGCUGGGCUCGUCGCGCCUCUGGCCGCUGCUGCUGGCGCUGACUGUGGUGCCGGCCGUGCUGCAGAGCAUCCUGCUGCCCUUCUGCCCCGAGAGCCCCCGAUUCCUCCUCAUCAACCUGAAGCGGGAGGAGCAGGCGUGUAAAGAGCUGGUGCGUCUGCGCGGCAGCGAGGACGUGAGCAGCGACUUGCAGGAGAUGAAGGAGGAGAGCAACAAGAUGGCGCUGGAGAAGAAGGUGACCAUCCCGGAGCUCUUCCGCUGCCCGGCCUACCGCCAGCCGCUGCUUGUCGCCGUCAUGCUGCAGCUGUCGCAGCAGCUGUCCGGCAUCAACGCCGUGUUCUACUACUCGACGGGCAUCUUCAGCUCGGCCGGCGUCAGCCAGCCUAUCUACGCCACCAUCGGCGCCGGCAUUGUCAACACAGUCUUCACUGUCGUCUCGCUGUUCCUGGUGGAGAAGGCAGGCCGCAGGUCACUGCACCUGCUGGGCUUGGGCGGCAUGGCGCUGGCGGCGCUGCUCAUGACUGUCUCGCUGCUGCUGAAGCAGGUGGCGGGCAUGAGCUACGUGGCCAUCCUGGCCGUCAUGGUGUUCGUGGCCAUGUUCGAGUUGGGGCCGGGCCCCAUCCCCUGGUUCAUUGUGGCUGAGCUCUUCUCUCAGGGCCCGCGGCCCGCCGCUAUGGCCGUGGCCGGAUGCUGCAACUGGACCUCCAACUUCCUCGUCGGCAUUAGCUUCCCCAAACUGGAGGAAUUGUGCGGACCGUGGGUCUUCCUGAUCUUCACGGCCUUCCUGGUGGUCUUCUUCAUCUUCACCUUCUUCAAAGUCCCGGAGACCAAAGGCAAAACCUUCGAUGAGAUCUCCCGCGCCUUCGGCACGGCCGCCGCCCCUGCCUCGUCCCCGCCGGCCCCCCGCCCGCACCAACCCGAGGGCCAGGAAGAAAAGGCCAAGGAGAAGCUCUCCAUGGUGGAGGCGGCCGCCGUCGACAACAACGGCGAGAUGGCGCCCCUCCGGGGGGACUCGGUUGUGGUGGAGGGUGUUUAGACGUCACUGACGGUAGACCGCCGCGAGCCGCCUCCGUAAUGUCCUUGUUUUCUUCUGCCUAUUUCGUUCAAUCGAUAUUCCGCCGCCAAAUCGGUUGUGAUGAUUGGUCAACGUUAAGACUUGGCCAAAGGGCGUGGCCGUCUCCUUUGGGUAUUGUGUGUGCGCGCGACCUCUUUGUUGUCUUUGUGCAUACAAGCUGUAGCCGGCCGGGUUGGGCAAAAACUAAACGAUCCACGCAAAAUUGGUGAAUUUUUAAAAUAUAUUUCAUUAAAUAAUUUGUUGAUUGGAACCAAUUUGAAUUAAAAAAAUAAUUGCAUAAUUGGAAAUAAUUAAAAACAUGACCUUUCAUUUGUAACUUUAAUCGGAUCAUUUUAAAUUGUAUCUUAAUAAUGGAUUGGCCAGUAGUCACAUCAAUUUAAAACACAAACACUGACCAAUUAUUUAAAA